CAAGAUAAGAGCAUGAGAAGGACGACUUAACCGAUUACACCACCCCCGCUGCCUGCUGGGGGUUCCGGCGACGACUUGGCUAGCGGCGGCGCCCUCCGCGACGUCUUCGCCGGGGCUUUCGCCGGUGCCCGUCGACGAGCACCCACCAGAUGGGAAUGGACUACUACAACAUCCUCAAGGUGAAUCGCAAUGCAACCUUGGAUGACCUCAAGAAGUCGUAUCGGCGGCUUGCGAGGACAUGGCAUCCGGACAAGAACCCAACUGGAGGCGCCGAGGCUGAGGCAAAGUUCAAGCAGAUAACUGAGGCCUAUGAGGUACUAAGUGAUCCAGAGAAGCGUGCAAUUUAUGACCAAUAUGGUGAGGAAGGCUUAAAGGGGAUGCCUCCGCCUGGUUCACAGAGCCGGUCCUCCACAGCUGCUGGCCCAAGCGGUCCAAGUAAUUUCCGGUACAAUCCUAGUGACCCAGAUGAUUUCUUUGCCGAGUUCAUGGCAGGCAACAAGACUUACUCCUUCGACCAAGACCGGACGCAAUUUCAGCAAAGACCACAUUGGACUUCAGCAACAAACACUAGGAGCGAAGCUCCUUCUGGUUCACGGAAGGAGAGUGGUGCUAGUACAAGCCAGCCAGAAAAGCCACUGCCUGUGGAAAAAACAUUACCUUGCACACUUGAAGAGUUGUACAAUGGAACAAAAAGGAAAAUGAAGAUCACUAGGAACGUUGCAAAUCCAGAUGGAAGAGUAGAAGUUGAAACAGAGGUCUUGGCAGUGGAAGUGUUGCCUGGCUGGAAGAAAGGAACCAAGAUUACAUUCCCAAAUAAAGGCGACAAGCUGCAUGGCCAGUUGGCACAGGACCUGACCUUCAUCCUUGACUUGAAGCCCCAUGACGUGUACAUUCUUGAUGGGAACAACCUUCUUGUAAAGAAGGAGAUCCCUCUGGUGGAUGCACUCGCGGGGGCGGCAAUAAACCUCAGAACCCUAGAUGGCCGGAAUCUUCCUGUGAGAGUGGAGGAAGUGGUGCGCCCUGGGUACGAGGUGGUGCUGGAGAAUGAAGGGUGGCCGAUCAGAAAGGAGCCGGGGAAGAAGGGGAAUCUGGUAAUCAAGUUCGACGUGGCCUUUCCAACAAGGUUGUCGUCGUCCCAGCGGGCAGCUAUUAGGCAAAUCAUGGGCUGCUAACCAGAAAGGGUCAUUGCAUUCUUAUAGGAACAUGAAAUAGUGGCUAUAUUGGCCCUAUAAUCUAGAUAGAUAGUUGCUUAGUUGGAAUUUGGAAAUUAGACAGAUAGGCAUUUCCAUGGUUACAAUGCACCGUCGCUAAUUCUCUCUAUUUGCUCUGGUUAAUUGAAUAUGACCCGAGUCUUUUUGUCUCUUGUGGAUCAGUGAAAAAUGUUGAGGAUAACC